AUGAGCACAGCCCUUCGUUCAACUCAAGCCGCCAACGACGUCCUUAAAUUCCUUCGAAAGGAGUCCCGAGACCUCGCCGAACACAUUCGACGAUUCGGUCCUCUUCCGUCCACCAGCAAGGAAGGCGUCCAGCACCUCCCAAACCCUUUUAUUCCGCGAUUAAACCCUAAGACCAAGCGAUGGGCAGACCCUAAAUACUCUCUCCGUCGACAGGCCGAGCUCGUGAAGAAGGCCAAGGCGGCUGGUCUUCUCCACAUGCUUCCUCCAGGCCCGAAGACUCCUCUCCUCGACCCGGCAAACCCAACUGUGCAAAAGUACAACCCAAACUUUGCUGCUGUCGCUGCGGAAGCGUUCCAGAAGCAGUCCACAGAAGAGAAGAAGUGGCGACAACCUGUUCUCCCGGCUGUACGAGCGGACCCAAGCUGGACGUCACAUCCGGAAACUCCGGAGACGAACGAGCUGCAGCCGGUGCAUUGGGAGGGUAAGGUCGACUUGCACAUGAAGCCUGGUGCCGAUAUUGGUAUCAAGCUUUAUGCUGGCAAGAAGAGGAUGUUCAAGGGCCAUGCCUACGAGCGUCUCAAAGUCAAGCGGGAGGCCCGUACCCAGCUCGCCCUUGCGACCAUGGACAAGAGGAUCGCUGCCUACAAAAACUACUACAAGAAGAGGCGUCCCAACCCUCUCAAGCCGCCGAAGAGCACGACCAAGAUGCCCAAGCUACCAUUCUAA